AUGGGCGUCCUCCAGAAUCUGUCGAGUGCUCGGGGCUCAAUAGAGCUUGCCUUUGAUCCCUUCAGACUCCUCUUGGUUGUCUUCGCCGGUGUCAUUUCCGUGCCUGUGAUAUUCAUCCUUGUUGACUAUGUUCGAGUUCUUCGGCUGCGUCAAAAGCUGCCCCCUGGCCCCUUUCCCCUGCCGCUCUUUGGCAAUUUCUUCCAGAUCCCCAAAGUCAAGCCAUGGAUCGACUUUGAGAAAUGGUCGGAAUACUACAAAGAUCCCAUGAUCACCAUCUGGCAGGGCCACAGGCCGACCAUCAUGUGUAACGACAUCUGGACAAUAUCCGACUUGCUUGACAAGCGAGCAAACAUUUAUUCUUCUCGACCGCAUAUGAUUGCCAUGGGCGAUAUGAUCAACGCAACAGAGAGUAACCAGGUGUGUCUUGUAUACGGGGACAAAUGGCGCCUCCAUCGUCGACUCAUGCACUCAGCAACCGGCUCACAAGCCAUAAGACCGUGGCGCGCCAUCCAGGCCAAUGAGUCCAAGGUUCUGGUCCGUGACCUGCUAGACAAACCCGAUGACUUUGUCAUGAGCAUCGAGAGGUAUUCGUGCUCGAUUGUCUCCAUCAUCGGCUGGGGCCGCCGCAUCGACAAGAUCAACGACUACGUUGCUCAAAUGGCGCUCAAGUCCAUGGAAGGGGUCGACUUGAUCAUUCCAGGCCUAUUCAUUGUCGAGUCGAUACCGUUUCUGGCCAAACUGCCACAAUGGCUCAACUGGAUCUACCCGAUGCCGAGCAAGAUGCUCACAUUUGCAAAACAUAUGCAAAGGCAAAUUAUAAGACUCGACCAUGGCAGAUACAACUUUGCCAAACGCCUCUUCCGCGAGCAGGAGCAGAGCCACAUUGCCGACGAGGAGAUAUCCAGUCUCACGUCGAAUCUCAUUGGCGGCGGCGUCGACACAACCAGUGGCACCAUCAUCUCGUUCAUCCUGGCCAUGUGCGUCUUCCCGGACAAGCUGAAGAAGGCGCAAGAGGAGCUGGACCGAGUAGUCGGCCAGGAUCGCGUGCCGGACUGGAGCGACGAGUCGUCCCUGCCGUAUGUCAAGGCCGUCGUCAACGAAACCCUUCGGUGGCGGACCGUCACCAUCCUGGGCGGGAUCCCGCACGCGCCCAUCCAGGACGACGAGUACCGCGGGUACAAAAUCCCCAAGGGCACGCCCAUCACGGGUAAUGUCUGGGCCAUCCAUCGACAUCCACGAGAGUUCCCCGAACCAGACAAUUUUCGGCCGGAGCGCUAUCUCGGGGGUCCCGAGCAACGACCCUAUCCUAACAAGCAGGGCCACAAUGCGUUUGGCUGGGGCCGCCGGCAGUGCAGCGGACAGCCGCUGGCCGAGCAGGGCCUGUUCCUGACGAUUGCGACGCUGCUCUGGGCUUUUGACUUUAAGCCCGGGCUGGACGAGAAUGGAAACGAAGUCAAACUCGACAUCUUCGCCUAUACCAAGAGCGAGAACAUGCGCCCGGAACCCUUCAAGGCGCGCUUCAUCCCGCGCUCAAAGGCCAUUGAGGACAUUAUCCGCUCCGAGGCGGUCAGGGCCAGGAAGGAGCUCUGCGCGUAUGACGGCGAGACCAAGUUGACGAUGGAGAAUGUCCCUUAG